GCUAUCAUCGACGAGAAGAUCAUUUGCAUGCACGGUGGCCUCUCACCGGAGAUCACAAGCUUCGACCAGGUGAAGAGGAUCGUCCGCCCUACGGAUGUGCCGGACACUGGCUUGAUUUGCGACCUCCUUUGGGCAGACCCUGACAAGGACAUCGCUGGAUGGGCUGAAAACGAUCGUGGCGUGUCUUUCAUCUUUGGCCCGGACGUGGUGACAAGCUUCUUGCAGAAGCAUGACAUGGACCUUGUGUGCCGCGCGCACCAGGUCGUGGAGGAUGGCUACGAGUUCUUUGCAAAGCGACAGCUCAUCACGCUCUUCAGUGCGCCCAACUACUGUGGCGAGUUCGACAACGCAGGCGCCAUGAUGUCCAUCGACGAGACCCUGAUGUGCAGCUUCAAGGUGCUGAAGCCCGUGAAGAAGAAGUAA